AUGUCUCAGGACACGUGUGCGAACCCUUUGCUUCUCGGGUGGGUCAAGGAAUGGUGGGAGACGGCUCGGGAGCGCAACUCCAAGGGUGUCACCACUUACAAGCAUGCCUACGACUCGCUCAAGGCCUGCCCCAUCGCUUUUGAACACCCUUCAUCACUCCAACAGCUGAAGGGCUUCGGGCCGAAACUAUGCGAGCGGCUAACCGAGAAGCUCAGGGCGCACUGCGAGGAAAACGGCGUGCGCAUGCCCCCUCAUCCGAGCUCCAAGAAACGAGCCAACCAACCAACAGUAGCUCAAGAUGACGGAGAGGAAGAGACUGCACGCCCGGCCAAGAAGCCCAAGAAGGCAAAGGCAUACGUACCCGCCUACCGGUCUGGGGCGUAUGCGCUGGUGGUGGCUCUCUCGAAACCAGGGCAGGAGAUGGUGGGGAUGCCCAAGGCCGACUUGAUCGAGGAGGCUCAGCCGCACUGCGACUCGUCGUUCUCAGCGCCGAGUGACCCUACUAAAUUCUACACGGCAUGGAAUUCGAUGAAGACGCUGCUCCAAAAGGAAUUAGUGUAUGAGCGCGGCCGGCCCUUGAAGAGAUAUGCUCUCACGGAUGAGGGGUGGGAAGUGGCUAAAAGGAUCCGGGAGACGACCGUCCCCAAGGCCAGCACCAGCAACGAAAACCCAACCGUUGCGUCGUCUGCGGGGCCCAGCAGACAAACUGCGCCGCCCACAACUGCUCGUGCAAGUGCUCGAUCAACAUUUGCUGAGCCCAUUAGCCUUGACGACGACGACGAUGACGACGAUUACGUUGUGCCUCAGCCACAGAGGGCUACUGAGUUCGGAGACGUAGUGGUAGAUGGAACCGUCGUGCCCGACGAUGCGGGGUUGCCAUCGUUCACACCGAUCAGGCUUGCCCCCGGCACAUUUACGGUGGAGUUAAUUCUAGACAACCGAGAAGUCAGGGCCAAAACGGAUCGUGACCACAUACAAGAAGAGCUCGCAAAGCGAGGGGCCAAACCCAUUGUGCGCGCCCUGGAGCUGGGCGACGCCCUGUGGGUCGCCCGAUGCAGGCAGGCGGGUUGGCUAGCUCGGCAAGGCGCGGAAGGCGACGAGGUGGUUCUCGACUGGAUCGUCGAGCGGAAGAGGCUGGAUGACCUCCUCGGCUCACUCCGAGACGGCCGCUUCCAUGAGCAAAAGUUCCGUCUCAAGCGGUCCGGCAUGAAGAACGUCGUGUACGUGGUGGAGGAGAUCAGCAUGGAUUCCACGCACUUUCAGAAAUACGAAGAAGCGGUCCAGUCAGCCAUGGCGUCGAUGCAGGUAGUUAACGGCUACUUUCUAAAGCAGACGCAAAAGAUGGACGACACGAUCCGCUAUCUGGCCUCUAUGACCAAAAUGCUCAAGUCGGUGUACGAGGGCAAGACACUCAAUGUGAUACCGACCAGGGUGCUCACGACGAAGAACUACCUACCCCUGCUGAAGCACCUCCGCGAGACGCAGCCGUCGGCCAGCCACCACAUUAGCUAUCCCGCGUUUGCGUCGCUGGCGUCCAAAUCUCAGAACAUGGCGCUGCGGGAUUUGUUUCUCAAGAUGCUGAUGUGUUCCAAGGGGGUGACGGGCGAGAAGGCGAUCGAGAUCCAAAAAGUAUGGAAGACGCCGAAUGAGUUCGUCAGGGCAUUUGAGCAGUGUGGAUCUGGCGAGGAGGGGAGGCGACGCAAGAUGGACCUGGUCGCAAACAGGCUGGCGCAUCUCAUGGGGCGGAAGAAGAUGACCAAGGCCGUGAGCCAGAAGCUAGCAGAGGUCUGGGGAGACGUAUGA